UCCACACCACCACUAAUAAUGUGUAAAACUAUGAUUAAGUUUCAAUAUUAAAUUGUUGGUGUCAAGCAAGUGUCAAGUCACUAAUUUAGCAUUUGGUGUUUAGACCUUAUAAAUAAACGACUCAAAUUUUCAAACUGCUCCGAGUGUAGAGUCGAACUUGUAGAAAACUAUUUUAAUAGCCGACAUCGUCGAUAAUUGACUAUAAUUAAAGUUCGUUACAUACAGUGAGUGUGGACGCGUCAGCGAAUCGUAUCUUUGAUAACAAUAAAUCAACAAAGUCUUGUACAGCAGUACCAAAGUCAAAAUGGAAUUGAAAUGCAAAGUUCAAAAUUAUGACUGGGGGAAGCUGGGCCGAGAGAGUACAGUGGCUAAAUUAGUGUCUCAAGCACACCCUGAAGAAAGUAUUGAUGAUAGUAAGCCAUAUGCUGAGUUGUGGAUGGGCACCCAUCCAAAUGGUCCAUCACUUAUUAUUGAGAGAGGUAUUCUUUUGUCGGAGUAUAUAAAAGCCAAUCUAGAUGCCAUUGGACCUGAGGUGCGGAAGCAAUUCGGUGUUGCCGUUCCGUUUCUGUUGAAGAUCUUGUCAGUUCGGAAAGCCUUAUCUAUACAGGCACACCCUAAAAAGGAACAUGCUGAAGAGCUUCAUAAGAACUUCCCUGACAUCUACAAAGAUCCAAACCACAAGCCUGAGCUGGCCAUAGCUCUGACACCAUUUGAGGCUCUCUGUGGCUUCCGGCCAUUAUCAGAGAUCAAGACCUUCCUUUCAAAGUUGCCAGAACUGACGAGCAUACUGUCCAAGGAGAGUGUAGAUGUAUUACAGGCGUGUGAAGGACAGGGAGACAAUGACAAAGUCCUGAGAGAUGUGUUCCACUCUCUGAUGACUUCUGACAAGACUGCUAUAGCUAAUAGCCUUCAAAGUUUACUGACGAGACUGGAGAAUGAAGACACAUCAACCCAAACCUCCCUACUGCUCCCGUUGUUAAGGAGGCUCCACACAGACUACCCGGGUGACGUUGGCUGCUGGGCGCCAUACUUCAUGAACUACCUGCAGCUGCGGCCGGGCCACGCCGUCUUUUUGAAACCUAAUUUACCUCACGCGUAUAUUAGUGGCGAUUGCGUGGAAUGCAUGGCAUGCUCCGACAACGUGGUUCGCGCGGGCCUCACUCCAAAACUAAUCGACGUGGCGACGCUGGUGUCCAUGUUGGACUACUCCAGCUACGCGCCGGACCAGCUGCUGUUCACGCCGCAACUAGAAGACGCCAACAGCUGCAUCUGGCGCCCGCCCGUCAAGGACUUCGCUGUCAUUAAAAUCAGGGUAGAAUCAGGGGACUCCUACAACACGAUUAACCGUCCAAGUCCGAGUCUGAUAAUCAUCACGUCAGGGCAGGGCGAGGUGUGUGACACGGAGCCGGUAAGCGCUCGGCCCGGCGUCGUGGUGUUCCUGAAAGCCAGUCGACAGCUCACACUCACGCCUAAAGACGGGAACCAUUUGGAAGCUUACCAGGCUAUAUGUAACGUGUGAUAUUUAGUUCCUAUUAUAUAUUUAGUCUAUGGUUUGUUACAUAUCUAAUUAUGGACAGGAAGAAGAACAGCUUUUUACAAGAAGAAAAUGCUUUUUAAUAGUUUUAGACUUGUUUUAAUUUAGUAAUUGGCAUCUCUACAAUAGUGAUUUAUUUGCAACCAUAGACUAAAUUUCUUCGAAUUAGAAGGUAUUACAAUACAAUUAUAAUGUAAAACUCUUUAUUGCACUCAAAAUCAGCCUGCAAUAUCCUAACCAAACUACCUAGUUUGGUUAGGAUAUUGCAGGCCACAAAGUGUUUUUUGUGAUGAGUCCCCACUGGGAUUCCAAUCCGGAACCUCCGGAUCGUGAGUCCAACGCUCAACCACUGGUCCAUGGAGGCCGUUUUAGGAAAUUGUUCAAACUUACAUGCUAGUAAGUUUUUUCACGUGACUUAUUGCUAAUUUGCUUCGGAAGGCGUUGCCGACUUGCCGGAGAGGAAAGGCAGUAUUGUAUGUGUAGCGGACUUAACUAGUUGACUAGCUAGUUCCGUCCAUAACCAACAGAUGGCGCGGAAAACAAUGAAUGCAGUCCUGAAACGCGCAAGCUAAGUUUGCACAGCGCCUUGUGUAACAACUUCAAAUCAUCGAUCCACUAGUGGCAUGUGUAACGUUUGCCAAAUAAUGAUGUGUAAUAUAGUACAUUUAUAAAGUAUUUAUCACAAAGUAUUAUUAUGACAUUUUGAUUGAAUUAUUGUUAUUUUAAGAAUUACCUAGUUAUUGUAAGGAGAUAAAAUGUCUUAUCAUUACAAAUUAUGAUGUUCCUAAAAUUGAGUGCCUUAUUUCUGAAAUUUAUUUACGGAAUAAACCAAAUUCUAUUUA